AUGAAUAUCAACAAACGAUGCGGACUCUUUUUCGUGCUCCAGAUGCAAUUACUUCGAAAUAUCUGUAACUGGUUGACAGGUCUAGCUCGUGACUGGUAUCUACAGCUUUUACAAUCACAUCAGUUACCGGACACUUGGCCUGAGUUCAAAAAGUUGUUCUUGUCUCGUUUUCGUAGUCCUGAACGUAUCGAAGCUUUGAAACUUGAACGAAGUCGAUGUGUUCAGAGACAAAAUGAAACGGCUGCAGAUUUUUAUCAAAGAUAUCUAGGAUUAAAUCUUGAAAUUAGUCCUGGAAUGCGAGAAAAACUGCUGAAGAAACAUUUCCUCAGAAAAUUGAGACCUGAACUUCUUCUUUGGAUGAAAGGUGAUCCAGAUAGUAUGUCUUUGGAAGAGGUACUUAAAAAGGCUGAAAAAGCCGAAAUUCAGCUACUCUACCGUCGCAAGGGAGAAAUUCAAAGAACAAUGCCUGUAAGCUGUUUUUCUUCUAAUGCUGAUUGCGAUCAAGACGAUGAGAGUCCACGAGAAUUAACUAGUUCAGUAACUCGUCAGCUAGCACGUCUGAAAACGCCAGAAAAGACUGUUAUUGUUGCUAAUCUUGAACAGUCCUCUCCACCAUCAACUACUUUCUCAGAAGCAACAAAUGAAAAAAAUACUUCUUCGGAUUAUUCACCUAAAAAUGAAAGAAAUAAUACUGACUUUCGGCAAAAACCCACAGCAACUUUUUACGGACGAUAUAAUAAUAAUAAUAAUAGGAACCAAAAUAGCAACAAUAAUCAGUCUCUUUUGCCAUUUUCUCGAAAUCAGUCAAGUUUUAAUCGUGAAAAUUCAUCAUCUGAGAAUGGAAAUAAAGAACCUCCGGGUCCUUGUCCAAUUUGCCAUAAAAAUGGACAUUGGAAACGAGAUUGUCGUGUUCCUUGCGCUAUUUGUAAGAAAACUGGACAUAAUGCAAAUACCUGUUUUCAAAGACAAAGCAAUAAUCAGCGCAAUUUGUCUGCUGGACUCAG